AUGGCCGAUCCGCGCCUGGAGAGGCAGUUGCGCUACUACUUCAGUGAUAAGAACCUCUGGAAGGACGAGUGGUUGGUGAACCAGCUCGGUGCUGAGGCAACUGGCUAUAUUUCUGCUGACAUCAUUGCUGGAUUCAAUCGGGUACAGCAAAUCACAAACGAUUUCGAGUUGAUUGUAUCAAGUUUGCAGAGAAUCGUGGAGCUUGAGGUUAGUGACGUGGACGGGAAGGUGCAGGUCCGACGACGCUAUCCAUUGCCACCAAAACCACAAGUCGAGCUGGAUACACCCUGCAAUGAAACAGCCGCUGACGAGCAGGAACUCCAGGUCGCGUCAACACCUGUGCCCGAUGAUCUGGGAAACCUUGCUUCCCUAGAUGAAUACUUUCUGACCGGAUUUCGCAGAGUUCCCAAAACAGGCGUCAUUUUUGUGAUGGAUGAAGCCAGCAAAGCUGGAUAUUCUGCUUCGACGGCACAAGAAUGGGCGAAUUUGGGGCAAGGUUCGCCGGAGACCACGAAGGCCAAGAACUGGCCUACGAAUGUCAGAAAGCGCUUGACGGAGCUGGUCGAGAAAGGGAAGCUGUCAUCAGAACUCGGCCCGUUCCAGCUUCAGGCCCUGGAAGUGAACGAGGAGAAUCUGCACUAUGGAAGCGUGAAUGGCGACUGGGCUUUGCGCCGUGCAGUGGCUCGACUCUACAAUGAGAUCUAUCGCAAAGGCAAAAGCUCCCUGUAUUCUGCGGAGAACGUGGCUAUAGUUGGUGGAGGUCGUCUCGCCCUGACACGGUUGUGUUGUGCAAUGGACAACGUCAAUUUGGGCCAUUUCCUCCCGGACUACACAGCUUAUGCCGAACUCCUCAGCCAGUUCAAAACCAUCAACUCCAUCCCUAUUCCUUUGGAUCCGAAGAACAACUUCCGGAUCACGUUACAGGAGCUCCGACGCGAGAUUGUGGGUCGUGGCCUUUCAGUUCUUUUGUUGUCAAAUCCAUGCAAUCCAACUGGUCAGCUGGUGGAGGGCGAAGAGCUGAAGAAUUGGGUUCGGAUCGCCAGAGAGACUCAAUGCUCUAUAGUGUUGGAUGAGAUCUAUUCUCGCUACAUCUACACACAGCGAAUGUCGCCAACGGAUGCGACAUGGCGCACUGUUUCAGCAGCUCAGUUUGUGGAGGAUGUGGACAGAGAUCCGAUAAUCAUUCUCGAUGGCUUGACCAAGUGCUGGAGGAUGCCAGGUUUGCGGGUGUGUUGGAUCGUGGGCCCAAAGUCCCUGAUCGACUCUGUUGGCGCAGCUGGAUCAUUCCUGGACGGAGGCCCCUCGCUUCCCACACAGAGGUCCUGCGUCCCCUUGGUCAACCCGAAGGAUGUAAUUGAGCAAACCAUCAUGCUUCAGGUACUUUUCAGUCACAAGCGAGACUUUCUUCUCCGAAGAUUGCAGGAUAUGGGUAUCGUCGUGGAGCAUCCGCCACAGGGCACCUUCUAUUGCUGGUGCGAUAUCUCCAAGCUUCCAGCUCCGUUGAACAGUUGCUGGGGCUUCUUCCGUGAGCUGCUGCGAGAGAAGGUCAUUGUCACUCCCGGCGUCUUCUUCGACGUAAACCCAGGGAGCCGGAGGAAGUUCAACAGCUACGACUCCUUCAUCCGGCUGUCAUAUGGGCCAAGUUUCAAGGAGGUGCAACGUGGCCUGGACGGCAUGCAGCGUGUCAUCGAGCGCCAUCGAAUGAAACGGCUCGAAGAAGACACAGACUCCAAGGACGAAUCUCAGGCUGUCUGCGUGGCACAGAUGAAAAAGCUUGACGGCGAGGUCAAUGAGGAGCUGGUUGCCACGGAGCCCUCACAGGCGACUGCCGAAGACAAGGCUCCUUCCCCCUCGACGGAAACGAGAAAGCUUCAGGACGAAGACAGUCAGAAGCUUGCUCCCUCGGUACCUUCUCAGGACUCGGACGAUGAGUUUCAUUCAGCCUUCAUGGCGGAGAUGCGAAGGCUUCAUGGCGAAGACCGCCAGAAGCUGAACACUUCGGAGCCUUCCGGGCAGGCGAUGCCCGAGUGGUCCAAGGACUUCGAGGCCUCAACGAAGUUCCUGGGAGCCCGGCCUGGCUUCGUCUUCAAACGCGGCCGGCGUGGGCUCGGCUACUACCGUGACCUCGGACCUUUCCACGACGCUUCUCAGGAGCGGGCACACGCGAGUGGAGUGUUGCCCGACUUCCGUCGAUCUCGCAAGGCCAAGAGGCCUUUGGAGGAAGUCGACGGUGAAGUUGGAGAGCAGGAAGCAGACGAUGAGGCGAAAGAAGACAUGGAGGAAGAUCCCGACGAGGCCGAAAAAGCGGCCGAGGCGAUCGAACCUUCGGAUGCCAAGGACCAGGAGACAGAGAAGGUGGUGGAAACCAAGAAA